AUGUCUGACGCGAACGGAAAAAAGAUCAAGCUCAAGAGCAGUUUUAAGGUCUCGCAAACGAUAGGAUCUAUAUAUACUGGCGGCAAGGCGACCAUCACAUCAGAUGAAAAUUUGCUAAUAACCGCCGUUGGAGAGGAUAUUAAUGUUACGGAUAUUCAUAAUGGGAAAACGAUGCUUCGAUUGAGUGGCGACGGCGAGAUGAUUACCACAUUUGCUGUGACUCCUGAUGGAAGACAUCUCGUGAGUUCGAGCAGAAGCCUAAGCGUAAAAAUAUGGGACCUGACGACGGGAAAAAUAAAAAGAUCUUUUAAGGCGCACGAGGCACCCAUAAUAGUAAUGGAUAUUGAUGCUACCUCAACGUUAGUGGCAACAGGAUCUGCUGAUAGUACAAUUAAAGUGUGGGACAUUGACGGCGGUUUUUGUACGCAUAAUUUUAAAGGUCACGGAGGACUUGGUCACGUCAGCAUAAUACGUGGAUUGGACGUGACGCGUGAUGGUAAAUUCAUAAUCAGCGGUGCGAGAGAUAAAGUGGUGAAUAUUUGGGAUUUUGGUAAAAAGACUCUGGUGAAUACUUUUAUCAUGUAUGAGACGAUAGAAAAGCUAGGUGUAUUACAGCCUCAUACAAAAAUUGAUGAUAUUGAAGAUCCUUCCGUGGGGGAAAUGUUUUAUACCGGCGGUGAUAAAGGAAUAAUAAGGAUUUGGGAUUUGCAAACCGGGAAACUUAUUAAAGCGCAGGAACCGGAAAAAAAUACUACUCACAUCAUAUUAGAUAUAAUCGAUAUCUUGACCGCUAUUACCAGCGAUCAGAAUAUUUUGUUCUAUCAAAUCGCUAGUGGUCUUAAGCGCGUAAAACAAAUAGUGGGUCAUAACGAUGAGAUUAUCGAUCUUGCGUACGUUGGUCCCGAAGAAUCACAUCUCGCCGUGGCAACAAAUACCGAACAAAUACGACUGUAUGAUGUUCAAUCUUUUAACUGUAAUAUCAUAUACGGCCAUAAGGAUAUCGUGAUUUGUUUGGCUCGCUCAUAUGACGGCAAGAUGUUGAUAUCCGGUUCCAAAGACCGUACCGCAAGGAUAUGGAAUAUCGAUGUGAACAAUGAGACAGCUGAUGAGAGGGAUCGGACCAUAAAAGUUUGGGACCUGAGUCCUUUAGGUACUUGUUGGCUUUUCAACUUUUGGGAUGCAAAUCCGGAUACAUCCGACGAGAAUUUAAAGCCGAAAGCAUUGUAUACUCACCACGCUCACGAAAAAGACAUUAAUUCAAUAGCUGUUUCUUCAAAUGAUAAGACCUAUGCCACAGGAUCACAGGACAAGACCAUUAAAAUUUGGUCUGUUGUUGAUGGGAGUCUACUUGGAACGUGCGUGGGUCACAAACGUGGCGUAUGGUCUGUACAAUUUUCACCCGUGGAUCACACUUUGGUUUCUAGCUCGGGUGACAAAACCAUUAAGAUUUGGUCAUCCACAAAUUUCUCGUGCCUAAAGACAUUGGAAGGCCAUACUAACUCGGUUCUCAAGGUAUCGUUCUUAACAUCGGGGUUGCAAUUAAUAUCCUGUGGCUCAGAUGGCCUUCUUAAACUUUGGACAAUAAAAUCAAAUGAGUGUGUGGCCACGUUGGACAAUCACACUGAGAAAAUAUGGGCUCUGGCGGUGCGCAAAGAUGAAAAAGUUGUCGCGUCGGGUGGUGCCGAUUCUUUAAUAAAUUUGUGGGAAGACAUUACCAUUGAGGAAAUUGAACAGCGCAUGAAAUUAGAGGAGGAGAUAAUUAUAAAAGAGCAGGAUUUAUCAAACUACUUAAAAAAGAAAGACUACAGAAAUGCCAUCAUUCUCGCGAUAUCUCUGAACCAACCCUUUAGGUUACUAACCCUCUUUACGGAAGUUUUCGAUAACAGGCCAGAAGGAGAUACAAGUAUAACAGGAUCAGGGUCCAUCGAUGAAAUAAUCGGCACUUUGUCCAAGGAAAACCUUGAGCAGAUGCUUAAAUACCUAAGAGAUUGGAAUACCAAUGCCAGGCACUCGAGAACCGCUCAAAUUGUGUUGAACCUGUUGGACGGAUUGCUGCCGUAUACGGAGAGACAUUAUCAACGUUUGGAUCGAAUGCUCACAGACUCGUAUAUAAUCGAUUAUACAUUACAUGCGAUGGACCUAUUGGACCCUAUUGGCGGAAACGAGAUGGAUAUCGAUGAACAAAUGAGUCCAUCAGACGGUCUUGGUUAA